CACAGAUGUUGCAUCCACAAAUUUGCCUGCCAGUGAUAUGCCCCCAAGCCAGGACACGGAUGUUGCAUCCAACGCCAAAUCGCAACGCAUGGAUACCUGUUUCGAUAGUCCCAUUGAUGGCACAAAUGGCUUGGAGUUCUUCCAGUCGGAGUUCACGCUGUCCAACAUUAUUACCCCGUACUUUACGGAGCGCUUGAAGGCGCAAUGCCAAAGACGGGGCAUUAAUGGUUUUUAUAUAAAAAACAGCUCCACGCCGCAUCAGGCUUGCGGCGUCUUCGAAGGACCGGGCAAGGACAUUAUGCGCGUCAAGAAAUGGAUAGAGACAUGCUGUGUGCCCCCCACACGUACACCCUGGCUUGUCCUGUCGAUGUCCGCCUUGCAGCCAGUUUGGCCCCAAAAAUAUAUCACUUUCCAGGAGCGAUGCACAGUGCCGACACCCAACGAGGCAACACACACACUGGCCGAGGUGCUGCAACAGCUUUAGUCAGCACGGAAAUAUACACUUACUCAACUACACUACGCAACCAAGCCUUGGAACUAGAACUAGUACCAAGCUACACGCUUAAUUGGAGGGGGGUGGCUGCAGUCGAUACAGUGGGCAAAAUAAUACAAACAAUUAUUGCAGAAAUAUAAAGAAACAUAAA